CUCUCACAGUCUUUCGGCACCACAAUUAAUAAACAACCCCCUGCAACAGGCACAUCAACUUCCAAACGGACCUAAGAGACCCACGUCGCACCAAAACCAAACAACAGGUGAUACAAGGGAAAUGAAGUCAUCAACAGUUAACAGCUCGGCCUCCAUCAUUGCGCUGCUGGUCAUUGGAAUUAUUCUUCUACAGGCGACGACAUAUGCUGCUCCACAUCCAGCCAGGUAUUAUCUGGGAUACUACUCGCCCAUGUCGAUGGAGGGGGCCAAUCCUGAAUAUCUUCUUCAGACCAUUGCAAGACUACGACAAGCUCUUAAUGCUGAUGAAUUAGAAAAUUCAAAAAGAGGCCUUGACUUGGGACUCGGGCGUGGCUUUUCUGGAUCGCAGGCAGCAAAACACUUGAUGGGCUUGGCUGCAGCCAACUUUGCAGGCGGCCCUGGAAGAAGACGUCGCAGCGAGGACGUCGAUGAAGAAUAAAAAGAAUCGCUGGCCACCAAAGAAAAUUCGUUUUUAACAGUUCCUCCAAAUAAAAAAUCCCUACCCCAACCCAUAUGUCAGUAGUCGUAAAUCGUAGUAUAAUAAAUAUAUUAAUUAGGACUACUUGUAUUGUAUUCAAUCAAUGAUUAAUAUUCUACUGUUACUGUCUUAAUUAUUAGUUAAUAAAGCAUGGAUAUUUAAGCAUUUAAGUUGAUUGUGUAUAAUUAUUAGUCAAUAAGUUAAUUGUACAGCAAAUCUUAUUUAAAUAAAACUUCUAAAUCA